CUCUACCAUGACGAACAUCACAAAUGUGACCUUUGCCAACUCCACAGUUCAGGGUAAUUUUACCUUUCCCUAUCGUCCGCCCAAUCCGGCGAUGUGGAAUCUCAAAGCUGGUUUCAGUUUGUCCAUUUUGAUCUUGGGCUUUCUGUUCAACACGUUUGUUACCAUUCUCUUUCUGAUCAAAAAGCGCACCAAGACCAGCUUCACCAUUUACCAGAUGAACUUGCUGACGAUAAAUCUGCUGUACAUCCUCACCUGCAACAUCCUGGAUUUCAUCAAUUCCCUGUACCGUUUCUGGUGGGUCGGCAGCGGUCUGUGCUACUUGUAUCUGUACGGCAUGUGGAGCAUCAGUAUGGCACUGUAUCAGUGCCAUGUCCUCAUUGCCGGCACCCGCAUGUGGGCCGUCGUCCAGCCCAUCUCCUACCGCAGCCAUAGUACCGUCAAAAACGCUAUCAUUAUCUGCGGCAUUAGCUUCGUGGUAGCGCAUAUUGUGACCGCCCCGGGACUGAUUAUGGAUGGGUUCUUUUACCACACGGCUAUGGCUAGAAAUGGCUGUCUGAUGAAUCCUGCCACGGAGGAUUUCAAGACCUGGGCGUUUUUCAUUCAGAUCUGGGGUUUGGCCUGUUUCUAUUCGUCGUUGUUGGCGUAUCCUUAUAUCUGGUUGAAACGAAAAAUGGGCAAGAAGGUCGGACAGAAGGAGUUCAGCAGCUCUCAGCCCCGGCAUGUAAUUGCCCAAGACGCCGCGGAAGCCGAAGGCACCGUUACAGAUAACUCCCUCCCGACGAUCAACAAGCCAAAAAAUGCCAAAUCCGAACCGAAAGGUCCACGUCGCGGGCAAGGUUUCCUGGUGCUGUCGUUGUUGACCCUCAGUCUAUUCCUACUGUGGACACCCGGCGCGCUGUAUACCACGCUGCUCCGUAUCAAUUUUCGUCUUUUUACGCCCGACGCGCUGACCGCCUGCAUUACCAUUAAGAAUAUGCAGAUGAUCGUCGAUCCCAUCAUCUUCCUGAUGGUUAUACCGGAACUGAAAGAGUGGUGCAAUGGCUGCAUCAAAAGCCUCAAGCGAAUACUGUUCAAAGACUGA